AUGUCGGGAAUGGCGAAGUCCGUCACCUUCAUCACAGCAACGCAGCUGCCGUGGCGCUUGUCCAAAUGCACCGUCGACCGCAUCACCCCAAGCCGCGCCUCAAUGUUCCGCGACUUGUUUGAGAGCUCCUGUGCGUCGCCGGCGAGGAUGAUGCGCGGUAGCCGCCACAGCAGGUGCAGCGAGAAGGUGCCGUUGUCCACCAUCUUUCCCGCCGCGCGUGUGAGCCACUCGCGACGCUCUCGCAUGACGCCCAGGUUGGAGAUCUUUGCGAUGGGCUGCUCGGGGCCGGUGCAGUAA